AUGAACUUCAACGAGCAGGUCAACACAGCUCCUUUCGAAAAGCGCACACAUACGUGCGGUUCCCUUUCUUUCAAAGAUGUGGACAGUAAAGCGGUAUUGAUGGGAUGGCUCGUUCCGAAGGGGAAAGUGAGCAAGAAGCUGUCCUUCUUCGACAUUCGCGACUCCCAUGGCACCACUCAACUGGUUGUCGACUCGCGAUCCUGUGGUGUGGAUGUGCUUUCUGAGAUGCGGAAUGUACCUGAGGAAUCCACCGUGCUAGUGGAGGGUUCCGUUCGACGGCGACCGACAGCACAACAGCGAGAUGUUCCCGCAGGAGGUGUUGAAGUGAUUGUGACGUCCUUCAAGCUACUGAACCCAGCGGACCGAAACAUGCCGUUUAUGCCGUUUGACACUCAGAACCUGGCAAACGAGGACCUGAGAUUGCGUUACCGCUAUCUGGAUCUCCGCCGCGCAGAGUUGACCUCUAACCUGAAGAAACGCAGCGAUGUCGCUUUCCUCGUCAGGUCUACCCUCCACGACCAAGGUUGGCUCAUAGUGUAUGCAUGCCCGGGGAAAGGCACUGACGUUGUCCCAGGCUUCACGGAAGUAGAAACGCCGAUGCUUCUCAAUUCUACCCCAGAGGGUGCUCGAGAAUACCUCGUGCCCACCCGGGUAAAGCAGUCAUCCUCGGAUGCGUCCCCUCAACCACAGUUCUACGCCCUCUCGCAAUCUCCACAGCAGCCGAAACAGUUGCUGAUCGCGUCCGGCGCCGUGGACCGGUACUUCCAGCUCGCGCGCUGCUUCCGCGACGAAGACGGGCGCAAGGACCGGCAGCCAGAGUUCACACAAGUCGAUCUGGAGAUGGCAUGGGUGAGCUGGGGUAAGCAGAUCGGGGAAGGUCUUUCGACGGACGCCGAUCCAUGGAGGAUCGGCGGCCCCGAGGUCCGGGACGUGGUUGAGAGUAUCAUCCGCAAGAUUUGGAAGAAGGUCGAGAACGUAGAGCUCGAGGACCGGUUCAGGGUCAUGACCUAUGCCGAAGCUAUGGCAAAGUACGGGUCUGACAAGCCGGAUUUGCGGUUUGGUCUUGAGAUCCAAGACAUUACGUCUCAGCUGCCGGAACCCCUGCGUUCGGCUCUGCAGGCUCGCGGCGAGAUCAUAGAGGCCCUCGUGGUCUCUCCUCACCUAAGUCAUGCCUCGUUCGCCCGUGCGGCUGAAGAUGUAGAGUACGACAAGGUUGUCGAGCGCUUGCAACUCGGGCCCAGUGCUUCCUCGGCAUGGUUAAACCAAAGCCGGGUCGCGCAAGACGUCCUCGGCCCUGCUCAGUCUACCUUUGACGUGUCAGAACUGAAUGCUGCUCUGGGGCUGACCGAAGGAGGCACCAUCUGGCUGGCUAAGCGGCCUCAACGAGGCGAGGGAGGGUGGACGCCUCUCGGCCGUCUGCGGCUCGCACUAUCGGAAACCGCACAGCGUAACGGCGAUCUCGUUCUUAGCGACGACCCCAAGUUCCUAUGGGUGACAGAGUUCCCGCUCUUCACCCGCGCAGACGAGGACAAGGACUUCCUAGCGCACGGACGCUGGAGUAGCUCCCAUCACCCUUUCACGGCGCCGAUGUGGGAAGACAUAGAGAAGAUGUACGCGGGACAGGUCGAGGAGGUUCGCGGACAACACUACGACCUCGUGCUGAAUGGGGUCGAGAUUGGCGGCGGGUCCGUAAGGGUGCACGAUGCAGCGAUGCAAGACUACAUCUUCACCAACAUUCUUCAGUUGGACGAGAAGGAGAAAGCUUCUUUCAAUCAUCUCCUGCAUGCUCUACGCUGUGGCUUCGAUCGCCUCAUGGCCAUCCUCUGCAAGACUACGUCUAUCCGGGACGUCAUUGCCUUCCCCAAGACCGCCGCGGGGUCAGACCUGCUCUUCAAGAGCCCGUCGCCAUCUACCGCCGAAGUGCUCGCGCAAUACGCACUCCGCCCAUUAGGGCGUGACUGA